ACUGAAGCAACGUAACAGCUAGCACGCACGGUCUGGAACUGAAGCUCGCUGCAAUGUCGAAGAUCGAGACCUUCGACGACUUCGUGAAAGUUCACGGCCUGCUGCUGACAGCUUCCGGGUUGCCACGGCCGCUGCACGAGCAGCUUUUCAAGAAGCUGUCGACCGACACCUUCGACGGCGGCGCGUGCUUCCAAAUCGAGCCGUGCGAGGAUGGGCGUCAGAGGAGGCUCGUCCUCACUUCGGGCUUCGUGGGGAAAGAGUCCGACGUCUUCCUUGUCGACCAUGCUUGGACUUUCCGGCUCUCCGAUGCGUACAAGCAGCUUCAGGAAGUUCCGGGGUUGGCUCAGAGGAUGGCUGUUUUAAUGUGUGUCGAUGGCGAUCUGAAUGUAGAUGAAGAAGCUGAAGGGAGAACUUCAAUAGAGGACACUGGCAGCAUGUGCAUUGAGGAUAUACUGGAACAUGAACUGUGUAAAGCAAAAGAGAACAAGGACACUGUCAGAUGGUUGGAGCUCGAUGAGCUCGAUAUUGAUGAUGACACGCUCUUAUCUCUCGAUUUAUCUGCUAAAUUUCCGGAUUUACUUGCUCUUAGCCUGUGUGGAAACAGGCUCGAGAGUGCAGAUAUCAUUUUUCAGGAAGUUACCAAAUUCAAGCAUCUAAAAGCUCUGUGGCUCAACAAUAAUCCAGUUGUAGAGAAAUGUGAUGGCUGUCUGGCAGAUAAAAUUCUUCAGGCUUGUCCCGGGCUUGAAAUCCUUAAUUCAUCUUUUACCCAUAAUUUUGGAGAAUGGGCAUUGGGAUUUUGUGGAGAAGUCUAUGGGAAGGAUAACCCAGGCCAGCACUGUGGAAGUGACCAUAAGUUGCAUGAAGUGACGUCUCUCGAUAUUUCUAACAGAGGCAUUCACAAUCUUGCUAAUAAGGCAUUUUCACCUGCUAUGAUGCCAUCUCUUUCAUAUCUGAACCUUCGGGGAAAUUCACUUCGAGAGAAUUCAGCUAGUGAAUUGUUGGAAGUCUUAAAGCAGUUUCCUUCCUUAAAUGCUCUUGAGGUGGAUAUUCCUGGACCUUUCGGUGAAAGCGCAAUAGUGAUUCUGGAAUCACUCCCGAAGCUUUCGUUCCUUAAUUGUGUUUCUGCAACCAAAAUAUUAGAAGCUGGGAAGCAUGUGAUUGACUCUAUCCUUGAACCACGUCUUCCGGAAUGGAAACCAGAGGAGCCCCUCGCGGAUCGGGUUGUCAAUGCAAUGUGGCAAUAUUUAAUGACUUAUAGACUUGCAGAUGAGGAAAAGAUCGAUGAGACUCCUGCAUGGUAUGUGAUGGAUGAAUUGGGCUCUGCUUUAAGGCACAGUGAUGAGCCAAAUUUCAUGGUGGCCCCAUUUCUCUACAUGCCUGAGGGAAACCUAGCAUCAGCUGUGAGCUAUUCUCUCUUAUGGCCAAUCCAGAAUGUUCAGCAAGGUGAUGAGUGCACCCGUGAUUAUCUUUAUGGGAUUGGAGAGGACAAACAGCGAUCUGCCAGACUUACUGCUUGGUUUCAUGCACCUGAAAAUUACUUUAUUAAAGAAUAUGAGAAACACCGUAAGGAAUUGGAAUCCAGAAGUUUUACUCCCCCAUCUGUAAUGUCUUCGGUGACUAAAAGCCUGAUUGAAGGCGACAGAGGUCCUUUACGUGUGUACACUGACAUACCUCAAGUUGAAGAAUUUCUUAAACGGCCUGAGUUCAUCCUCACCUCUGACCCAAAGGACGCACAUAUCAUCUGGACGAGUAUGCAGAUCGAUGAAGAUACAAAGAAAGCCACUGGAAUAACAGAUGACCAAAUUAUUAAUCAGUUCCCUUAUGAGGCUUGUGUUGUGAUGAAACAUCAUUUGGCUGAGACAGUUCAAAAGGCAUAUGGAUCUCCUGACUGGAUACAGUCAACUUAUAACUUGGAAGUGCAGUUGGCUCAACUUAUUGGUGACUAUUACAUACGUAAAAAGGAUGGGCUUAACAAUUUGUGGAUUUUAAAGCCUUGGAACAUGGCACGGACUAUUGACACUACGGUCACUGAUAACAUAUCAGCCAUAAUCCGUCUCAUGGAGACUGGUCCGAAAAUAUGUCAGAAGUACAUCGAGCAUCCUGCUUUGUUCCAAGAGAAAAAGUUUGAUCUUCGCUAUAUAGUACUUGUCCGCAGUAUGAACCCCUUGGAGAUAUUCCUUUCUGAUGUAUUCUGGGUAAGGUUGGCAAACAACGCAUACUCUUUGGAGAAGAACAGCUUUUUUGAGUACGAAACUCACUUUACAGUAAUGAAUUAUCGUGGACGAAUCAAUCACAAAAACACGCCUGAUUUUGUAAGGGAGUUCGAAGUGGAACAUAAAGUUAAGUGGCUUGACGUGCACGAGAGGGCAAAAAAGAUGAUCAGUUCAGUAUUUGAGGCGGCUGCAUUUGUGCAUCCUGAGAUGCAUAGUCCAAUGUCUAGGGCCAUAUAUGGAGCGGAUGUCAUGCUUGAUAGCUCUUUCAAACCCAAGUUGUUAGAGGUGACCUACUGUCCUGACUGUACAAGAGCUUGCAAGUAUGAUAUGGUAUCUGUCUUUAAAGGUGAAGAAUUGAGAGGUUCCAACUUCUUCAAUGAUGUCUUUGGUUGUCUUUUUUUAAAUGAAACCACUCACGUUAGUCCAUUGUAAUGGUUUUGGCAGAGAUGAACGUACUUUUCUAUUGUAUGGUAGAAUUAUACAAGGUUUUUGGUGAAUUUUCUUUUCUUCAA